CAGACACUCUACCCUCUAUGGAAUGAGUUUGACACGUGCCUUAACAGUUAACCAGUGGUUCCCAAACUCGGUCCUUGGGACACCAAGGGGUGUACGUUUUAGUUUUUGCCCAAAGCUUGAUGAUUAGUUGAUUAUUUGAAUCAGCUGUGUAGUUCUAGGGCAAAAACAAAAACGUGCACACCUUGGGGUCCCGAGGACUGAGUUUGGGAAACACUGAGUUACACCAAGAAGUUUGUUAUGCCAAAAGGUCCGAACCUUUUGAGGGGGUCGCUAGGUGUUUCUUUAAGGUCGCUACAAUAUACAAUCAAUUCCAGACCUGUGGGGGUUUAUUAAAUUACAUGACAAGUGGCCAGCACACUCAAGCAGGCUGCUGGCUUCUCUCUGGUGGGCACUGUGAGGAGCUGCCUACCACAUGACAAUUGCUGAUAAGAUUAUUCAAUAACGGAUAUUGCCCAGUGUACAUGAGUCAUUGUGCAAUAGUAUUCCUUCACACCUCUGACAAGGCGUGUGCUGUUUGUUGUUUUGAUGCAUGCAGAUCUAGAGAAUAUAUAACAUUUGAUUGUCCUAGCACGGGCCUUCCCUAGAAUCAGAGUCCCUAUUAUCAAUCUAGUGUAUUCCAUAGUCUGAGAAUGUAUUGUCCACUUGCAUGGCUCCAAACCACCUCACCUUGCUGUAGAGUGAUGGCGUCCAGCUCCCCCAUGGUGAACGGGGACAUCUCCCGGGGUCCUAGCUCCCACCCCGGCCACAGCCCCACCACAGGCACCCUGGAGGAAACGCUGCAGCAGAUGAACCGCCUCAUCCAGGAGAACCGAGACCUGAAGGAGGCGCUGAAACAUACCAACAUGUCAAUGAAGGAGCGCUUCGAGGGUCUUUCUGUGUGGAGGGAGAAGCAGAGGGAGGAGAAGGAGUUCCUGGAGGGGAGGCUGGAUGAGGCUCGCGGCCGCAUGGAGGCCCUCUCCUUACACAACCAGGAGCUCAGCAGGAAGGUGGAGGAGCAGGAGGGAGGAGGAGGAGCAGAGGGGAAGGGACAGGCUGGGACAGCCAAUCAUACUGCAGAACUGGAGGUGCUGCGUGCCCAACUGGUGCGUCUGCAGGCAGAGAAAAGUGACCUGGUGGCCAUGAACUCUGAACUCCAGCUCAAGACAGGUCAGGAGUCAGAGGACGACUCCUUCAUAGAGAUCAGGAUUGCUAGAGAGGAUACUGGAAAGGACCUGUGUCAUAAUGAAAAGGACUCCAGGUAUGACAUGAGUGCGUCCAGGCAGGAGUCUGAGGAGCUGACUGUCAGCCAGCUGCUCCAGUCCUUGAGGAAGGAGACCCAGAGGGUGGAGAGGCUACAAAUCGAGCUCGAGGCUGCUAGAUCCAGAAUCACAGAGCUGGAGAAGAAGGAAACUAACACGGAGAGCUCCACACAGACCUCACUACUGCCAGAGGUGGUUUCCCCAGCGCUAGCCACCACAGCAUGUGGUACUGAGCCAGAACCAGAGGAGGAGCCCCAACAGAACUCUGGGAAGGAGAAGGUAUAUACACAGAUAGGCUGGGCUGCGUCAGAGGUGGAGAAUCUGAAGGCUCAGAUGAUGACCCUGUUUAAUGAGCUACAACAGGCUCAGCGCAAACUGGACGAGGCAGAGGGCAUGAAGAAGAACCUGCAGGACAGAUGCAGGGAUGUGGAGCAGGAUGUGGUGACUCUGAAAGCCCAGCUGGUAGAGAAGCAGGAGGUACAGAGUGAGAAUGACAGAUUGAAGCUGCAGGUGGACAGCAUGAAGGCCCAGGGCCAGCUAGAGCAGAGGAAAGCAGGAGAGGAGAGGACUAACCUGACCCAGCUGAAGGAUGCCUACACCAAGCUAUUCGAGGACUACAACGAGUUGAAGCAAGAGAGCAAGAACAGAGAGCCACUGGUCACUAAGGAGGUGGGAGACCUGCAGACCAGACUGGACGCAGCAGAGAAGGCCCUGGCUGCUAAGCAACAGCAGAUAGAUGUCAUGAAGCAAGAGAUAUAUCAGAAGGAGAAGGAGCUGGAGACCAUCUCUGUGUUCCAGGCUCAGGCGGAGGUGUACUCCUCUGACUUCUACGCGGAGCGAGCAGCUCGGGAGAAGAUUCACGAGGAGAAGGAACGUCUGUCUGCUCAGCUGGAGUUUGUCAAGAAACAGAACACUCAGCUACAGGACGAGAUGGACUCACUGGGCAGGCAAUCUCUGAGCGAUAUGCAGAGGAGACACAUGCCACGUGGAGGCAAUCCACAUGGGGGCGCUGGUCCACAAAACAUGCAGGGAGCCAGAGGUGGUGAUGCCAGGCACUGGCAGCAGCAGGGGAAUAUACCGGAGCACGUCUGCCCCAAGUGUAACGAGAUCCUGCCAGACCUGGACAGCCUGCAGAUUCACAUCAUGGACUGCAUCAUCUGAGCCUUCAUCAUCGUCAUCAGCAACAACAAAGACAACCGCAGCAGAUGCACCUUAAUCUGAUUCUACCUCCUCUUCAUCAUCUGAUUAUGGCAGAGUAAAAUGCAGCCUUUAUGCUCUAAAAAGUGCAUUUAUUUUGCAGUUCAGGGCUAUGUUGCUCUGGUCUAUGUUUUAGAACAUAUAACUAUAAAAUGUAUUCUUACAGUGCACAACUAGAGACACAUUUGUUUUUGUUAGAGGGGCGAAAAAGAUCCGGUAAAAUGUAUCACGUUUAUUAUGCUGUUAGGUGAUAAAUGGAGAAAAUAAAUUUUAAUACAUUUGUUUGUUUGGUAUCUCUUUUUUCCCCUUAUGACAGCUGUCUGUCACUUUGUUUCUUGCUAAAGACUUAAUUCUAAACUAUUUGGUUUAUUAAAUACUUAUUCUGGAUUUUUGGGUGGUUGUUCAAUUUAAUCAAGCUAUAAUUCUGUUUCGAUGAAGAAGGUUAUGAAUAGAUAAUAAUUACAGCAUAGACAUUUUGUUUAGAAAAAUUAUAAGAUAAAUUGCUUCAACAGAGGGAAGGAUGCCCAAGACACUUUUAUUGUUUUAGUUUUGUUGUAAAUGUAUAUUGCACAUACAUUUUAUCCAUCAUCGUGAUGGUUUGUACAUUUAUAAUUAAACCUAUUUACAGCUUAUGUAGCUUGCAAGAAGUAUGACUAUACAAGGGAGUGUGUACUGUAUUUGCUAACUACUAACUUCUGUAUCCAGAUGUAUUUACAAAUCCUGUGUUGAUUCUGUAAAAUAGUUAUGAAAAUAUGUAGUAAAGGUGUUACUGGUACAGUA